UCGCCCGGUCCGUAAAGUGAGGUUAUAAAAUUAACUUGACAGUUAUCGUAUCCCUGAAAGUUUGAAAAGUUCUGAUGUAAAUAAUGCUAUAUUUUCAUACUCUGACCAUGCUCCAGACUUUUUCGACUUGUAGAUCUAUCGGGUAACAUUUAGAACAUAAUAUCAAAGUAUCACCCAGGUUCAUCACUUUCUCAUAAUGUGUAAGUAAGUGUGACAAAAUGAGAGAGUACUCAAAGUGAUUUGCUGCAGAAAAUGUUCCUGCUGACAAAACCAUUCAAGCUCACAAAUAGGACAGUAUUUUCCAACUUCAGUUAGCCGCACACAUCAAAAUGUUUGAAGUCACUGACGUACAAAAAAUAGGAGUGGGUCUCGCUGCAUUUGGCAUAGGGUUUUUAUUCUUUGGUGUUCUUCUAGUCUUCGACAAAGGACUCUUAGCCAUCGGAAAUAUACUAUUUAUAUCCGGUUUAGCAUGUGUUAUUGGGUUUGGCAGAACCUUUAGAUUCUUUUUUCAAAGGCACAAAGUGAAAGGUUCCGCUGCGUUUUUCGGUGGAAUUUUCGUAGUUCUUUUUGGCUGGCCUUUUGUCGGCAUGCUAAUAGAAAUGUAUGGUUUUGUACUUUUAUUUAGUGGAUUUUUUCCUGUGGCUGUCAAUUUUCUUCGGAGGAUACCAGUUCUUGGCAUGUUCCUCAAUUUCCCAGGAAUCAAAGGGAUGGUAGACAGGUUUGCUGGAGACUCAAGCCGAACAAUGGUGUAAUUAAGGUACCUAGAUAAAAUAAAAAUUAGAUUUAUCAUCUUGGAAUUAUUUUCAGUUUUUGCCAAGUAAUCCGCAGUUUCUUUCCAAUUUUACAUGUACAUUAUCUAUAAUUUUGUUAUAUUUAAUAAAUAAUGAUUGUGAAAACUC